GUAAAUAAAUAAACUAUAAAAAUGUCAGUGGUUAAAGGAAAACUAGUGAAAAUGGAAGUAAUCCAGGUUGGUGAAUACGAGUUCACCAAACAAGACAUUAUAGGACAUGGAGCCUUCGCUAUGGUGUACAAAGGAAGGAAGAGAAAGAACCCAUCACAGUCGGUGGCGGUGAAGGUAGUAACGAAAAAAGGCAUUCAGAAAGCGUCAGAGAUCCUGGUGAAGGAGAUAAAGAUACUGCGCGAGCUCACGGCUCUGCAUCACACCAACCUCGUGGCCAUGCACGACUGCAUGGACAGCCCUGCUCAUGUCUACGUCGUUAUGGAGUAUUGCAACGGCGGCGACCUGGCGGACUAUCUGCAAGCGAACAGGCUGCUGAGCGAGGGCACGAUCCGACUGUUCCUGCGGCAGCUGGCGGAGGCGAUGCGCGCCAUCCACGCCAAGGGCAUCGUUCACCGUGACCUCAAGCCCCAGAACAUCCUGCUCACGCACAACGUCGCUCCCCCUCGCACGCCACACCCUGCUGAGAUUUCUCUUAAAAUUGCUGACUUCGGCUUCGCAAGGUUCCUCGAAGAAGGAAACAUGGCCGUCACACUCUGCGGCUCUCCAAUGUAUAUGGCACCAGAAGUCAUAAUGUCUCUGAAAUAUGACGCAAAGGCGGACUUGUGGAGUCUGGGUACGAUUGUAUACCAAUGUCUGACGGGCAAAGCACCUUUCCAAGCCACUACUCCUCAUGAGCUAAAGGCAUUUUACGAGAACAGCGUAGACCUUCAACCCAAAAUGCCGCCAGGCACAAGUAGUGAGCUGUGCAGCCUCCUGAUCGGUCUCCUGCGACGAAACCCGCGCGAGCGUAUGCCCUUCGAAACGUUCUUUAACCAUCCGUUCCUACAACGUCCGCGUCAUCCUUCUAUUACAAGUUUGGACUCGGACAUGCCUGACAUAUUGGAGAGCGAACUAGAGGGACGAGUCGAUACUAACUGUUGCCUAGAAGAGUCGUGGGAGAGUCAGGGACCGAGCUCAAACAUUCAACUAGGCAAUGCUACCGGCAGUGCUCCAGUCGGGACCGCAUGCGGGAUGGGGGGGUUCAUGCCCCCACUGGGCCUGCAGCGAAACCCCCCACCUGCUCGCGUGCCAGUUUCCCUGCCACAAGUUGCCAACCUACAAGUUAAGAAGCCUCAGCCCACUUCCUCUGCGGAAUCCUCAGACAACACUUGGGCAGGUGAGGAAGACUUCGUGCUGGUAGAGGCCACAGAGAGCGGAUCCGCUGAGUGUUCGCCCUCAUCCGCCUCCUCCGGAUCAGAGGCAGCAUCGCGCCCACAGUCACUCGCGCUACAACCACCUGCCAGCAACCAGCCGCCAAGCAACACCAACCAGAAUGUUCCACAACAAGACACGGCUGCGCUGCAACUACGGAACACAGGCGUAGGCGCUAACAAUAACAUCCCUCGCUCGCAGCCCAUCGAUGUGCGCUCCAACCGGAACAUGACCAACAUCGGCUCACUCUCGCCGCCUUCUGUGCCCUUCGGGUCGAUGGGGACUCCGCCGUCUACGCGCCGCCGCAGUCAGUCCGGGAGCUCCCCGCCGCCCUCGCUGUGGCAAGUCUCACCAACCAACGCCAGCCCUCUUCGCCGCUCAGGGUCAUCGCCGCCCGUGUCUCUGGCGCUGCAGCACCUGCAGGCGAGCUGCGGCGAGGCCAGCUCUCCCAAACGCGCGGCGCUGCCUGAUGCGCUGAUACGUGGUCUCAAGUUGCCAUCCGCCUGCCAGGCCGACCCGCCGGUCUACAUCCCUAAUCUACAGGAGGAGACCAUACUCGCCGAGGAGCACAGCAAGGUGUUUUCGCAACUAAACUUCGUACUGAUGCUGGCUGAGCUACUGUCCGACCUUGCUGUGUCCUGUGGCGCGCCCAUCGCCGCGCUCAUGGACGCUUCCGAUGAGCGGUGCAACGAGAGCGUGCGACUCGGUCUACUUGUGCAGGCCAUGCAAGCGUUGGCGGCAGGCCUCCGCCUCGCCGCCGCUCACUACCGCAGCCGCACGCUGCAACCCACACCGCAAGUGCGCAAUGUGGUAUCCCUAAUGAACACCAAGUACAAGUGGAUAGUGAACGAGUCGCGACGGCUCCACGAGGCGGGCGUGGCCCCCGCCGUGUGCGACAAGAUCCUGUAUGAGCACGCAAUCGAGUUAUGCCAAAUGGCCGCCAUAGAGGAACUCUUCGGAGAUAUGAAAGAAUGCGAGCGCCGCUACAUGUCCGCACAAGUACUGCUGCAUUCGCUCGUACAACGCCACCCGCUGCAUCCGCAUCAUCGCACCACGCUUUCCAAAUACCGAGAUGCCGUGCAAAGGCGGCUCAACUGCCUCAAGGGGCCGCGUAAAAUAAUGGAUGUCAAACUCGAGGCCGGGAUCUCAUAAUGCAAUACGCGAUAGCCAUUAGUAAUAAGCACAUACUAGCAAGAUGGGAAGUGAUUUUAUUUUGUUCUCAAAUACAGACUCGCUGUGAAAAAUAAUUAUAAAUAAUAAAAAAAAUG